AUGGACCCAUGGAGGGGUGAUUAUUACCACUUGUCCGGCGCUAUACAAGCCACCUGUAAGAAACACCCCGCGCGGAGGAAGAAUCGAAAAUCAUGCAUGUAUUUGACCUCGUAUCUUGGACUUAAACGCCAAAUCCCCUUUCACACGACCGAAUGCGUCAUCAACGACUUGCUCGCUACCGACAGCGCACUUAGCUCCGGAUAUUACGCGUGGAAGGCUGGUGUCUGCAUCCACUUGCCGAUUCAACAGACAAGUAUACUUAAAGAAUGGCGUCGACCAUCGCUGCAAGUGGAACAAUUCGCUGUCGGCCCCUUACUGUUGGAUAUGGAGCCCACCCCUGAUGCAUUAAACACUGUGGCUGUACCCUCAGAUACCGGCAUCGGGAACCACAAUUCGUGGUGCCUUGUCAACCACAUGGCUCAGAACCCAAGAGAAGAGAGGCCUUAUGAUCUGUCUCCGGAGCGACUAUACUGGACUAUAACGCCGAAAUCCUCUUCCCGGACCACACUGCUGGAUGUAUGCGCGUGGAUGUGGAUAUGUGUACAGAUGAAGCCAAACCUCUUCCGCCAAAAGAAGGACGAUGAACACGAAGAAAGGGGGUUUAGUGGUUCCAUGACGCUGCAGGGCGUUGAUCCGCGCUGCAUCAUGCACAAAUGCCGUCUACAUCCUUCCUUCGGUAUCCUGUUUUCGAAGAGAUCUCUGAUCUAUUCAAACAAACCAUGA